CGACAGCACGUGAGGGAAGUUAGAUCCGGCUUUACGGCGGUGCGUGGUGACAGCUGCCGGGAGCCUCCUGGAAGCCCCAACGUGACCGCGACGCUUCCUCGAGACUCGUGCGAUGGCUGCGGCGGCGUUGGGCGGUGGGGCCGCCGAGCGCGUGCUGCCCGCUUCUCCUAACUGGUACUGCAGCCGGUGCAGCGACGCUUCCCAGGAUGGGCAUCUCUUCGGCUUCGCGGCUCGGCACAGCCUGUGUCUCCUGGAGGUCCGCGCUACCGUUCCCACCUUUUAUGGGGAAUUAAUAGGCCACACUGAAAGAGUUUCUGGCUUCACAUUUUGCCCCUACCCUGGACAAAACUACUAUUGUGCCAGCAGUUCUGAUGAUGGAAUUGUGAAAAUUUGGAAUGUCCAAACAUUGACUGUCAUGAUGGAACAUACACUACAUCAGAAUACGAUUUCUGCAUUGCACUGGUCACCCAGAGCAAAAGAUCUAGUUGUAUCUGGUGAUGAGAAGGGGAUAGUGAUUUGUUACUGGCAUAAUCGAAAUGACAGUCAGCAAUUUUUUCCAGAACCUAGAACUAUAUUCUGUCUCACUUGUUCUCCUCACCAUGAAAAUCUGAUAGCUAUUGGCUAUAAAGAUGGGAUUGUGAUUGUUAUGGACAUCAGCAAAAAGGGAGAUAUUGUUCAUCGCCUGAGAGGUCAUGAUGAUGAAAUACAUUCUUUGGCAUGGUGCCCUGUGCUUGGUGAAGAUGCUCUGUUCAGUAAACAAGAUUGCGAAGAAGAAGAUGCCAUUACAGGAGCCAUAACAGAAGAGGCAGGUGUAGAAAAAGGCUAUUAUUUGGCAUCAGGAAGCAAAGAUCAGACCAUUCGUGUAUGGAGCUGUAAUACAAAUAGAAUGGUAAUGAGCUUGAAAUUGCCCUUUUUGAAAAGAAGAGGUGGAGGUGUUGAACCAAUGGUCAAAGAGCGUCUUUGGUUAACACUACACUGGCCUUCAAAUCAGCCCACAUGCAUUCUCUCCAGUUGCUUUGGUGGUGAAUUGCUGAAGUGGGAUUUGGCACAGCCUGGGAAGCGGAAAUGGGAACUCCUGGGGGCUUCGUCUGAAGGACAAAACCAUUCUAGAAUAGUCUUCAACUUGUGUACUUUGCAAGUAGAAGACAAACAACUUCUUUUCUCCAUUUCAAUGGACAGAGAUGUGAAGUGUUGGGAUCUGGCAACUUCGAAUUGCUGUUGGACUAUGCCUUCUCUUGGGGGUUUUGUUUACAGCCUGGCCUUUUCACCUGUAGAUAUAGGCUGCCUUGCUAUUGGAGUUGGGGACAGCAUGCUCCGAGUGUGGAACACCAUGUCAAUUAAUAAUCAUUAUGAUGUGAAAACUUUCUGGCAGGGCAUUAAAUCCAAAGUCACAGCUUUGGCUUGGCAUCCAACAAAGGAAGGCUGUUUAGCUUUUGGAACAGAUGAUGGAAAGGUUGGAAUUUAUGAUACAUACUCUAACAAGCCUCCCCAAGUCUCUAGUACAUACCAUAAGAAAACUGUGUAUGCUUUAGUUUGGGGACCUCCAGUUCCUCCACUGUCUUUACGGGGAGAUGGUGAUAGACCUUCCAUAACCUUAUAUAGCUGUGGAGGAGAAGGAGUUGUUUUCCAACAUAAUCCUUGGAAUCUAAAUGGAGAAGCUCAUGAUAUCAAUAAACUCAUUCGAGAAACAAAUUCAAUCAAACACAAAUUACCACCACAUACAGAAAUCAGCUGGAAACCAGAUGGCACUCUCUUGGCUAUUGGUAAUGAAGAUGGAUCAAUUGAGAUACUUCAGGCUCCUCAUUUGAAACUGCUGUGCACCAUCCAGCAACAUCAUAAACUUAUCAAUGUUAUCCGUUGGCAUCACGACCAUGGGACACAACCAGAACUGAGUUAUAUGAUAGCUUCUGGCUCAAAUAAUGCUAUUAUUUAUGUACAUAAUAUCAAGAGUGUCAUAGAGAGUUCUUCAGAGAAGCCUGUAACAAUCACAGAGCCUUUUCGUACUCUGGCUGGACACACAGCCAAGAUCACUAGUUUGUCUUGGAGUCCACAUCAUAAUGGAAGACUGGUAUCUGUUUGCUAUGAUGGCACUGCCCAGGUUUGGGAUGCUCUAAAAGAAGAGCCUUUGCACAAUUACAGGGGACACCGAGGCCGUCUGCUCUGUGCACAGUGGUCACCUGUGGAAACAGAGUCCAUUUACACUGGGGGCGAUGACUUCUCUGUUCACAAAUGGGUAGCUUUAAAACAAGAGCACAUUCGCCCUCCCCAAGGCAAGAAGAGUAUUGAGCUAGAGAAAAAAAGAAGCACUCAGAUUAAACAGAAAGUGAAGAAAAAGAAGAAACCUUUGGGGAGGUUGCCUUCUGCACAGAAUAUAAAUGACUGGACGAAUGGUGGUGAAAAUAUGAAAGAACCUCCCUUGGAAGAAAAUGGGGUUUCUGACCCGGAAGGAGAAAAAGAACCACAUGGACAAGAGGCAGCUGAGAAAAUUUCCACAGAAGCAGACAGUGAUUCAACAACUUGUCCAUCAUCUGUCCAUGGGCUGGAUAGCCUGAAACCUCCUGUUUUAGUUAAAACUCCACCUGUAAGGAAGGAUCCAGUUAAGCCAGGAGCAGAUAUUUCCGUGAAAAGAAAAAAGCCUCGAUCAAUCCUGCCUCUGAGCACAUCUAUGGACCACAGGUCAAAGGAGGAACUGCACCAGGACUGUCUGAGAUUAGCGCAUUUCUUACAUUCCAAAGAGUUGAAUGAAGAUUUGACCCCUUCUCCAAAGGAUCCUAUCCAUUUGGGUCUGUUCACAGAUAGACCUGCCCUAUAUAAGAUGAUGGAAGCAGAAGGAAAAAGUCAUUUAGGAAAUGGACACCCCGAGCUAUUUCAACAACUGAUGUUAUGGAAAGGAGAUCUUAGAGGUGCUCUUCAAUCAGCUGCAGAAAGGGGAGAACUAACAGAUCAACUAGUGGCUAUCUCACCCAUGGCUGGCUACCAGGCCUGGGCCUGUACUGUAGAAGCCUUUGCAAAGCAGUUGUGUUUUCAAGAACAGUAUGUCAAGGCUGCCUCCCAUCUCCUUUCCCUUCAUAAAGUGUAUGAAGCUGUAGAACUCCUGAAGUCUCAUAAUUUUUUCAGAGAAGCCAUUGUAAUUGCCAAAGCUAGAUUACAUCCUGAAGAUCCAGUUCUAAAAGAUCUGUAUAUCUGUUGGGCAGCUGUGCUAGAGAAGGAUGGCCAUUACUCUAUGGCAGCCAAAUGUUACCUUGGGGCCACCUCUCCCUAUGAUGCUGCCAAAGUACUGGCUAAAAAAGGAGAUAUUACAUCACUUAAAACUGCUGCCGAAUUGGCUCUGAUAGUUGGAGAGAAAGAUUUAUCUCUGUCCUUCUCCUUGAGAUGUGCCCAGGAGCUUCUUUCAUCUAAGAAUUGGGUUGGGGCACAAGAGGUUCUCCAGCAGCAUGACAGCUUGUUGGGGCAAAGAUUGGUAUUCUGUCUUCAUGAAUUGCUUCACAAGUGCCUCAGUCAACGGAAUCCAGUGGGAACUCGAUGCCCAUCUACACCUUGUUACAACAGCUGGACCACCAAUCAAGAUAGCUGUUUCAUAGAAAUGGUUAUUAAUGUAUGGCAGAGUGUGUUAGGUGUGAACACGCCUGAACAGUUUCAGAAUAUAUUUGAGCAGCUGAGGACUCUUGAGUACCCUCCUGCUACUAGUAAUACACCUCCCAAGCAGCUGGUGUUCCACAUUUCCCAUGAGUUGACAUUAGCAUGUCUUAGCCUUCAGAUGUCUUCCUGGGAGGAAACUGUGAAAGCUACCUUAAGAGCUGUGAUGCGCAGUUAUGACGCUGGAAACUUCAGUCUUAUGCAAGAUAUAUGCAACCUCUGCUUCCCUACAGUAGGCUGCAAUCAUGUGAGAGACCAGCUGGACAGCAGAAAUCCUGAGAGCAUGGCAGCUUUCAGAAGUUUAGAAGCAUUUGUGGCUUAUGGACAGCUAUACAACUUGUGGUGGAAUUCCCCUGAGAAUGCUGGCUUAGAAUCCCUGAAACAAACCUCUGAAGCUUAUUCUCCUGCUACUCUUGAACCGAGUAACAGCAUUAAUACAGUUUGUUUGACUGAAGAAACUGUAAUCAAGCCCACCAAGACCGAAGAUCCUUCUUAUGUGGAUUCCAGUGGAGUUGCCUCAAAAACUGAUUUAGCGGACCAUUUAAGCUUUUUAGAAGACAGACAGAUAAAACUGAGGGCAUGUAGGGUGCUCCUUUCAGAAGAACACGCUGAAGUCCAGAGUUUACAGAGGAAUAUUUCUAGAGUUCAACAAUUUUUUGCAGAAAUGAUUCAUGAGCAUCAGAAAACCAACUUCCAUCAAAGUGCUGAGGGGCAGGAAUUGGAGGCUAAGUCUGCAAUAAACCAGAAUCUGAAUAAAGAACAAAGGAAGGAACCGGCUUCUCUGCCAGAUCUGACAAAGCAACUUACAGAAACAAAUCAGAAACUAGCAGAAUUUCCAGAAAGCAUGAAGGAUUCCCCUUUCCCUGAUGUAUUAGAAUGCUGCCUUAUUGUGCUACACAUGGGUGCACAGUGCCAAGUGGAUCUGAUUCCAGAAUUACAAGAGCAGUCAUUAAAUCUACUUAGGAAAUACGGAAGAAAUCACAUAUAUAAAGAAGCUUCCAAGAAAUUCUUUAUAUGAAAUUCUUAUCUUUUUCUUCUCAGGGUUAAGGAUGGUUAUGAAAUAUGUUUCAUUCUAGAAUGAAUGAUUAGAAGACUACUGUUAUACAGUCAUACUGGACAAUUAUUGAGUGUAAUAAAAUAAUGUGGAAAAAAAUAAAUACCUACUUUUUAAAAGCA